AUGCUUAUACCUAUUGUUUUUCAUCUAUGGAACUUAUAUAUUAUUAUUUCGAUUUCGAUUGGUAGUGAACAACAAUUACAGUCUCAAUUACUUGACAUUACUAUUGGUGGUGUUUUUACAGAUCUAGACGAAGGUACACAUGCACAAAAUAUGGAAAGCAUUUUUAAAUAUGCUAUAUUUCAUUAUAAUCGUUUGGAUAGAGAUGCACAUAAUUUAUCAUUUAAAAUACGUUUACAAGAAGAAACAUUAGGUUUAAUAGCUUUUGAAUCAAGUAUACAAGCUGUUCAUGAUGUAUGUUCACUUGUACAUCAACGUCGUGUACAAGGUAUAUUUGGUCCAUCUUAUUCUGAAUAUGCAACACUUAUUCAUUCAAUAUGUUAUCAUGUUAAUAUACCAUUUAUAAAUGUUUGUUCAUCAUGUUAUCAAACUGAAAAUUUAGUUGGUGAUAUUGAUGAUGAUAUUGAUUUUAAAUCAAAACAUGAUCAUGUAUCAAUUAAUUUAUAUCCAUCUAUUGAAGAUCUUAAUAUAGCAUUUCAUAAUUUAACACAUAAACUUCAAUGGUCUAAAUUUCUUAUUAUAUAUGAUAUAGAGUCAGGUUUAAUACGUUUACAAAAAGUACUUAAUGAUCCAAAUUUUAAUCAAACUGAUAUUCUUAUACGACGAUUUAUAGAUUAUAAUGAUCGUACUGCUUUAAUUGAUGCUAUUGGACGAGAUAUAUUUAAUAUAAUAUUAGAUUUAAAUGAUGUUAAUACGCAUACGAUAUUAAAAAUGGCUUUACAAAUGGGUAUGAUUAAUUCAAAUUAUCAUUAUAUAUUAACAACAUUAAAUAUUGAUACAUUUGAUUUAGAAGAUUUUAAACAUAAUUUUGUUAAUUUAACAUCAUUUCGUUUAUUUAAUCGUUAUGAUCCACGUGUACAAACAGCAAUGGAUUCAUUUUUAACAUUUAAAACAAUGUCAAAUAAUGAUUUUAAUCAACGAUUAUUCACAACUUCAGUAGCAUUAUGGGUUGAUGCAGUACUUGCUUUUGCAUAUGCUUAUGAUCAAUUAAUAAAAUCACAUUCAAAUAUUGGUUCUGAAAUGUUACGACCAAAUAUUUCAUGUCUUGAUCGAAAUGGUUGGUCAUUAGGACGUGAACUUUAUUUAAAAUUUCAUCAAGUAUCAUUUGAGGGUAUUACAGGAAGAGUACAAUUUACAUCUAAUGGUGAACGAACAGGAUUUGAACUUGAUGUUGUACAUUUACUUGAAAAAGGUUUAUCCAAAAUCGGAGUAUGGUCACGUGAACAAGGUGCAAACUUUACACUAGUAUCAACAUCACGUGGAAGUAUAUUUAACUCCACAUUGAUUGUUACGACUAUUCUUGAAGCUCCUUAUGUAAUGCUUAAAAAUUAUGAAAAUUCAACUGGACUAUUAAAUAUUACUUAUUCUAAUAAUGACUUUGAAGGUUUUUGUGUUGAUUUACUUGAAGAACUUUCACAUGAACUUAAAUUUGGUUAUAAAAUUAAACCAAUUACAACAGGACGUUAUGAUGAUAUGGUUGAAGAAGUUAAAAAUAAAAUAGCCGACUUAGCAAUAGCACCAUUAACAAGAACAUGUUCAUCAGAAAAAAAAGAUUUAAAACCUGAUCCAUUGGGUCUAACAAAUGUUGGUGGAAUUUUUGUUGUACUUUUUGGCGGUGUCAUUCUUUCAUUAUUUAUUGCUAUUUUGGAAUUUUUAUGGCAUGCACGAAAAAAUCAUGCAAAUCGACGACAUUCUGUUUGGUGGGAAUUAAUCAAAGAAAUUCGUUUUUCAAUUCAAUGUGGUGCUCCAAAUCGUAAAGCACUUGGUACUCGUCGUUGUUCACAAUGUGUACAUGAUCAUCAUGGUACAGAAUUAAAUUCAAUACCUCGUCAACAUCGUCGUCGUUCAUGUAAUAGUCAUUCAUCAUCAAUAGGAUCAAUUAAUUAUGAACCAACAUUAAAACCAUCAAAAAAUCGUACAAGCAUAGAACAAACAUCUGAUCUAGAUAAAUUUGAUAAUGCACUUAUGGUUACUAGUGAACAAAAAAAUCAUUCUAAUACAUGUAAUAAAGAACAAUUAUAUUCAUCUAAAUCAUCAAGAAGAAAAUCUAUUCCAUUAAUAAUUGUUGAACAACAACCAUCAUCAAAUCAUAUACAACAAAAUAUUCGAUCUCAACAUGUACGAUUUCUUAAAAAUACAGAUUCAUCUCCAAGAGAAAGUCUAAAGAUUCAUCAUGAUGAAGAUGAUACAAGUGAUUCUAAUGAUGUUAACAUACCAUUAAAUUCGACUUCAUCAAUGAAUUCUCGUCUUCCUUUACAUGUGUCUCGAUUGUGA